AAUCUAAGUCCUCGUCUCGGGCGUGUGCCACAUAAUGCCUAUCUCUCUCUCUCUCACUCUCUUUCUUCGAAUCGGUGCCAUUCUUAGGAAUAUUUGUUGCGUUUGAUUCCUUGAGCUUAAGGUUGCGUUUGAAUUUCGUUUAAUUUGCAGCCUUAAAAUUUCGAGAGAGAGAGAGAGAGAGACGACUGGAUUUAUGAAUCAAAAAAAAAAAAAUCUGUGAUUGAGAGUGAAAUUGAAUUUUGAAAUGAUGAAUGCGAAUAACAACAACAACAACAACGGGAAUAAUCCAGGUUAUCAUAAUCUCUGGACCAAUGGCCUUAUCUGUGCUUUCGAGUUUUGUCAAGGUCCUCGUCACAACAACAGCACAAGUGUACAGUGUUGUUAUGAUAGGAAUAAACAGAAUUGUAAAUCAGACCAGUUUGGUUCUACUGAAGGAGAAGAGCCUUUGAGGAGUUGCUGGCGAGGAAUUGGAUGGGAUAGGAUCUCUGAGCUUGUUAAGACUGUGCAAGUUGAUAAUGAUUGGAAAUUUCAAAACAUUGGUAUAGAUGAGGAGGAUAAAGCCACAGUUGCUGAGCUUGCUGCUCCUUACUGGGAAAGACCACUUGCUGGUCCGACUUGGUGGUGCCAUGUUGAUCCUACCCAUCCAGGUAUUGCCUCCUGGUUGCGUAAUGCGCAUUGGUUACAUCCUGCUGUAAGCCUUGCUCUGCGUGACGAAAGCAAGCUUAUUAGUGACCGAAUGAAACAUAUUUUAUAUGAGGUUCCUGUUAGAGUUGGUGGUGGGCUGCUGUUUGAGCUGUUGGGACAAUCUGCUGGUGAUCCUUUUAUUGAAGAAGAUGACAUACCUAUUGUUUUAAGGUCAUGGCAAGCACAGAACUUUCUGGUGACUGCUUUGCACGUUAAAGGUUCUGCCUUGAACAUUAGUGUGUUAGGUAUUACAGAAGUCCAGGAAAUGCUUAUUGCUGGUGGAGCCUGCAUUCCGAGAACCAUUCAUGAACUAAUAGCACAUCUUGCAUUCCGCCUUGCACGCUGGGAUGAUAGGCUAUUCCGGAAGUAUAUAUUUGGUGCAGCUGAUGAAGUUGAGUUGAUGUUUAUGAACAAGAGACUGCACGAGGAUCUAAAUCUAUUCACUACAAUCUUGAAUCAAGAGAUCAGAAAGCUCUCGACCCAGGUUAUCCGGGUGAAAUGGUCUCUUCAUGCUAGAGAAGAGAUUGUGUUCGAGCUUCUUCAGCAACUAAAAGGAAACAGAACAAAAGACUUGCUAGAAGGAAUAAAGAAGAGCACCCGCGGUAUGAUCAAUGAACAAGAAGCCGUUCGUGGUCGGUUAUUCACUAUCCAGGACGUUAUGCAAAACACGGUUCGAGCAUGGUUGCAGGACCGGAGCCUCACGGUUACACACAACCUAGGAAUCUUUGGAGGAGUGGGUCUUUUGCUUUCAAUAGUGACCGGUCUAUUUGGAAUCAACGUAGAUGGGAUACCAGGAGCUCAAGAUUCUCCACAUGCCUUUUUUAUUUUCGCAGCUGUUCUCUUCUCCUCAGGCGCUGCGCUGGCGUUCGCUGCUUUACCCUACCUUGGACUUAAGAAGCCAGUGGCAGAAAAGAAUGUGGAGACUAGGAAACAAGAGCUUGACGAACUGGUAAAGAAGUUUCAAAGAGAAGCCGAGUCUCAUGCUCAGGUCUGCAAAAAAAUUCCUCAGAACAUAGAACGUACGACAAGUAGUUGUAGAAUAAUAGUCCAUGAUCCUAAUGGAUAUGCUCUCUUGGAUUGAAAUCAAUCCGUUUUAUGAUUUGUAAAUUUUAACCCAUGGCAAACUCUUUUCUUAAGAGAAACUUCUUUUAACAUGGAAAAAUCCCAAAACAAUAGUAUCUAAUAUGAGUUGUGGCGGUAAGCGAGAAACAGAGCAUUUUAAAUACUAAACUCAAGACCUAGAGGAGACAAAAUAAUAGCGGAAAACUACAAUAGACAUGUGCAGCGAGCAGUAUAAUUGGGAUCUUUGGUCCGAUUGAUAUCCGCGAAGUUGUUUUGGGAGGCAGAAGUGGGAGCCAAUUCUCAAUGAAAGGAGAUAUGACCAAAGUGUCUUUAGAGAUGCAGCGAAUGAGGUUAGUGCUUGGAUAGAAUUUCAACAAUCUCUUUUUAUUGUCAUGGAAGAAGAGAUUCCCUUGCUUGGAAACCGCCACCGGCCUGAAAUGCACAUCCGCAGGACAAGCGUAAAGAUUUGAACACGAGUAUAAGCGUAUGGAGUAAGUCAAGGUCCAUCCAUCUUCUUUUUGUGCAUCCAUGGUCAAUAUCUCUAGUCUCCAGGGCGAAGUGGCAGUUGUGGAUAGAGCUAGACGGCCAUCAAGGUUCACAAGCUGCUCCGCGCAUAUGAAUGUAGUGGAAUACCGUGUUGAAGGAACAUCACGAAACUCUAGUGUGUGAAGAUCCAAAGCUAGUAGUUUCAAAAGAUCAGAACCUAACCAGUAAAUUGAGCCAUUCACACAGGCCGACUUCCUUCUGGCAUCGACCACAUAAGGAGGGGGACGUACUGAUCUCCGCCAUUCACCAAUAUUGACAUCAAGAACCUCACAGUAAUGGUGAGGAUCAAAGAACAUCCUCACAACUUUAAAGCUCCCAUUGACUUUGUCCCUACCAAAUCCCAUCGCCCACAAUGCAGGGAAAAUAUUGCACCCCUUACCUACGAUUUUCAAUUCUUCUAAACCAAUCAAUUCCUUUAAAAAAAAAAAAAAAAAAAAAAAAAAAAANAA